AUGGGAGCUCAGAAGAGCAUCCAUGCAGGCAAAGCCAAGAUUGACGUGAAUGUUGAUUUAACUCACAAGCUAUGUACCUCUUUGAUGCUCCUCCCUCCUAUUCCUAUCAGGGACGGUGGGAGUCCUCUGUCACUGGUUAUUGGAAGUCUUUGCAUCAAGCACCCUAAUUUAUUUGGGGGAAGUGAGAAGCUGGAUGUGUCAUGGGACAAAGGACUUUAUGAUUCAACCGUUUUAGUGGCUUAUAGGAGGCCAAGACCAGAAUGGCUUCCUCAACAAUGCUUUGUCCUUCAGCAUUCUGUUUCGCCUGAAAUCGGGGUACAUGGUACACCAGUUGACAAUUUUUCUCGAUCUGGGAGUGGAGGUGUGAAUCUGUCCCGUUUAUCACUCGGUGUUGAUCUUAAUGAGCCGGCGAGUUCUAACUGGACUAGCACAACAAGUAUUAAAUUUGAGCAUGUCAACAUACUAAGUGAUGAUGGCCGCUCUAUUACUAGGGAUAUGGAGGGGUUUCCAGUGACUUGUAGUGGCAGUACACAUGACAGCAUGGUAGUUCUUAAGCAAGAGUCUCGAUAUGCAAAGGCAACUAAUGACAGUUUUUCUCGUUUCAGUAUGCAAAUAGAACAAGGGAUUCCUGUUCUGUCCAAGUGGCUAAUUUUCAAUAAGUUCAAGUUUGUUGCAACAAAAGGUCUCAAACUUGGACCGGCAUUUCUCGUUGCAAGCCUGACAGGUGGUUCCAUUGUAGGGGACAUGGCUCCUUAUCAAGCAUUUGCAGUAGGCGGCCUUGGUAGUGUGCGAGGGUAUGGUGAGGGUGCUGUUGGAUCAGGAAGAUCAUGUCUGGUUGCUAAUAGUGAAUUGACAUUGCCCUUGACUGAGACUUUGAAUGGUGCUCUAUUCUUGGACUGUGGAUCCGAUUUGGGAUCUGGCCGCCUUGUACCUGGAAACCCAGCACUGAGGCAAGGGAAACCCGGGUCUGGGACAGGGUUCGGUUAUGGUCUUCGGUACAAGUCUCCUAUCGGGCACUUGCAGAUUGACUAUGCUAUGAACUCAUUUAAGCAGAAAACUGUCUUCUUUGGCGUCAGCAACCUUGGUUUAUGA